GCUAACUCUAUCCUAACCAAGUCACGGCUUGUGGGAGGUAUAAGCCUAGUAGUCCACUUUCUCAUACAGUUUGGUGCGCAGGAAUCAAAUAGGGAGCAUUCUACUGGAAGCAACAGCUAAUUAUAGCGAGAGUAAUUUACUGCAAGAAGCUUCAGUUUCGCGCUGUUGGUCAGGCUACUCAUUAUAGGAAUUAACGAAGAAGACGCAAGACGCUCCUUAGAUUUCACCAACGCGUAAAGGAGUACAUUUUUAUGUUCCCUUGUCUGGACGGAAGACUUCUAUUUGUAGACUAACGCCCACUAAUAGAAGACAGCCUCCAUCGCAGUGUUUCGGAAGUUUGGGUUGUAAACACGCCUGUUGGUAAUUUAUUUAGGCUAGAUUUUGACCAAUAUUUCCUCUCUUCCUUGUCAAUGCUUUGUGAGAACGGGUGGUCGUCUACCGUAAAAAACGUAAGGCUAUUGAUAACGGAGAUAAGUGAACAGUUGAAGAGUGCGCUCCCACGCCUGCCCUGACCUCUAGAUGCCGGGUAUAAACUCCGACCCUCACUAUGAGUCCGGCUGGGAGAUGGAGUACGACCGCUAUCAACAUUACUUCUACGACGACCACGAUCCGGACGAGGAUUUCUUUAAAUCCACUGCGCCCAGCGAGGACAUAUGGAAGAAAUUCGAGCUAGUACCGACCCCGCCCAUGUCCCCUAUCCGGACUUUGGAGGGGGCAGCCGGGGUCGGGAUGGUCUGCCCUUCGCUGGGGGACAAACUCGAGUGGGUGUCCCAGUUUUUGGGUCAAGAGGACGAUCAGGAUGUGCCGUGUAAACUCAGUUCCGCCGAAGAGGCUUUUGGUAACCUGAGCUCCAUUAUCAUCCAGGACUGCAUGUGGAGCAGCUUCUCGGCGGGUAAACAGCUGGAGAAAGUUGUCGGGGAGCGACACGCUUCCUGUCCCGGGUCGGGGUCGACCAAACCGGCCCCGCAGCAGGUCGGAGCUGGCAUCAACACCACCGGGAGGGCGCAGUGUGUGACGAUGCCCAUGGACACGCCGGUUCCGGUUCUCAGUAGCUUGGCAACGGAUUGCGUGGACCCGGCUGCUGUUCUCACCUUCCCCCUGACCGGGGGACCGUUCAAGAAACCUGCGGUGUCCUCCGGUUCGGAAUCCCCCACAGACUCAUCAGAUGAUGAAUCCAGUGAUGAUGAUGAUGAGGAUGAAGAGGAGAUUGAUGUGGUGACUGUGGAACACAGGCAGUACAAGCCCCGGCGGCUGGCCAACGGCGGGCUGAACGUGCGGACGCCGGUGACCAUCGUGGUCGGAGUGGACCCUGUGGACCCGUGUAUGAAACACUUCCACGUCUCUAUCCACCAACAGCAGCAUAACUACGCAGCUCCUUCCCCCGACACACACAAACAUCCCGAGCCCCCCAGGAAGAGGGUCCGACACGAGCCCCCAAACUCUUCUCAUAACUUCUCAAACUCAUCUCACCCCCAGCCACACCCAGGCCCCGCCUCAACCAAUCAGAACUCUGAGAGCAAACCACCUCACGUCGCAGUAGCAACGACCGGUUCGGAGUCAACUGACGCCAACACACUCAUCCUUGCGUCCUCCCCCUCGAACUCUCCCCCAUCCUUCUCCUCCCACCACCUCUCCCCCUUGAAGUCAUGCUCCCACCCCUGCAGCCCCCAGUCCUCCGACUGUGAGGACACGGACAAACGCAAGACUCACAACUUCCUGGAACGUAAACGACGCAACGACCUGCGUUCUCGUUUCCUGGCGCUGCGGGACAACAUCCCUGGCUUGGCAGAGUGCCCCAAGACGCCCAAGGUGGCCAUACUGAUACGUGCCACAGAGUACCUGGCGCAGCUGCAUUCUAGCGAGCGCCAGCGGGCACAGGAGAAACGGCAGCUGAAGGCCAGACGGCAGCAGCUACUCCGCAGGCUGGCACAGCUCAAACAAUGCCCCUGAACUCACUGACUGACUGACUGACUGACUGGCAGGCUGGCAAAGCUCAAACAACAUCCCUGAACGUACUGGCAUACUGACUGGCAGCGACCUCUAGUCGACAGAAACCAGGACUAAAUGAAAACCAACUCUCACUAACUGGCAGGCUGGCAAGGAGAGAAGCCUAAGUAAUAUGCUUUGCUGAACCCUAUAUUAUAAACCAGGACUGAGUCAAAACCAGGGAUGGGUCUCAACCCUAUAUUAUAAACCAGGACUGAGUCAAAACCAAGGGAUGGAUCUCAACCCUAUAUUAUAAACCAGGACUGAGUCAAAACCAGGGAUGGACCAGAGAGGAUUUUCUUGCUCUCGUUGGCCCAAUCCCAAAUGGAUCCCUUUAACCCUAUUCUUAAGUGGUUCAAGACCUGCAAGGACAACAAUGAUCAAGGGAAAGGACAUAAUGGGUAGUGUUGGGACGGGGUCGUGAACUCCCAGACAUACACACACGCACACACGCACACGCACACGCACACGCGCACGCGCACACGCACACGCACACGCACACGCGCACGCGCACACGCACACGCACACGCACACGCACACGCACACGCACACGCACACGCACACGCACACGCACACGCACACGCACACACACACACAGGAUGAGAUUAAGGAGCAAAGACACAAACGUUCACUUUGGGGAGUGGGUUAUAAUGUGGUGUUCGGGUUAUUUCUGUUGUUUGCACAUUUGCUUCAGAGUGAUUGACAGAGCAAUCAUCUGGUCAGGAAGGACAGUAAACCUGAUGUCACGUGAUUAUGGUUUUGUUAUUUGGGAAGGGGGGGGGGGG